UUUCCAGCUUAGGCCGCGUGGUUCUUCAUGAAAGUUCAUGUUGCUGAACUACCUGAAGGGAAACUAGUCUUGGUUUUAAGGGGCUGAGACAUGGAUGAAAUGUCAUAUUGUUCUUUUUCUGGGGGAGAAGAAUGGAAAAAUCACUUCCAGCCUGGUAUAUACGUGUGUUCUGAAUGUGGGCACAAGUUAUUUUCCAGCAGGUCAAAGUUUGAGCACUCGUCUCCUUGGCCAGCUUUCUCCGAAACAAUCCACGAGGACAGUGUCUCCAAACAGCCUGAAGCAUGGGGACCCCUAAAGGUUUGUUGUGGAAAGUGUGGCAAUGGAUUGGGCCACGAGUUCUUGUAUGACGGCCCGAGAGAGGGUCUGUCACGUUUCUGAAUAUUCAGCAGCUCCCUGGUGUUCAUCCCUAUGGAAAAGGUUGAUGGACAGAAAGGUGAGCCGUAGAAGAGAAGCUCGGCUGCUGCAGGUACAGGCAGAGGAUGACGUGCUCUGUGAUAAAACCAUGUCGGUCUCCAGGGCACUGAUGGACCCUGGCCUCACUGAGCAGGAAGAACAGACCGGUCUCAGUUACUUUUUGUAAACCAUUAAAAAAAAAGAAACUGGGUCAUGUAGACUCAGCCACAUUAAUUUGUACUUUGUGAUUUAAUGCUUAACCUCCAUCUCUGGCAAAGACCUUAAGAUGUUUAAUGGUUACGAGAAUACGGAGCUCGCUUGUCUUCGUUUGCACAUUGUUUGCAGGCCUCUGCUGAAAUGAAUCUACCACAUGUGAAAUGAACAUGACAGACCUCAAAGCGCUCCUCAAACGUGCAGUUGCAUAUUUCUUUCAGCUGAUGGUGCUAUCUGUCCUAAGAACUAUACUCUUGUACUGUAAUGCAUCACUGUGGACAUACAUAUGGGGAAAUAAUAGAGAUGUACAGAGCUGGGCAAAAGUUUAAAGUGAGGAGAAAUGUGUCGUCUUUUGCACCAAAAAACAUACUUAUUUCAAUGUCAGGAGAUGUAUGGAGCUUCUAUGUUUCCCUACUCUGCAAAGUUUUCCAGGUAACUCAGAAAAGCCUUUCUUGGCCGGAGCGAGCGGUGGAAUUCUAAACAAAGGGAGGAUGCGGGGGGUGCAGGGGGAGAGAGAGAGAGAGAGAACGCUCAACAGCUCCGGUGCUGUUUGAGUGUCUGGGAUGAGCAGGUGUGGAGAUGCUCAUUUCAAAGAGCGAGAGAGAUCACAGAAGGAGAUGAAAGCUCCAGUGGCAGCCCGGGGAUUAAGAGAGGAAGUGCAAACAUUCACAGACGACCAUGCUCUUCUUUAGUAUUAAAAAAAAAAAUUAAAGCAUAGACAGACUUCAUUUCCUGUGAUAGACACUGUUCUUUUUCUCCCUUCAUCUCAGAAGGAGCAGCCGAUAGAUAGAUA